AUGAACUCGACGAGCAUGAGCUCUGCGGUGCCGACUAUCAAGUGCGAGGACACGUCGCCGUCGCCAGCGGCAGCAGUGGGCACAGACGGCGACAGCUACAAUCUUAGUGUCAACGUCAAUUUAAGUGCUGCCAUGAUCAAUAUGCUCACAGCAGAGUCCGCCGGGCCUACAACCCUUAGAACUCCCGAAAUUGUCAACGAUGUCAUCACUAUGACCAACCCUUUGGACCAAUAUAAUUAUGAGAAAAACUCCAGUUUCAAGCCCGGAAGCGGUAAUGACUCGAACUCGUCUAUGUCCAAUGGGUCAUCGGCCACUUCACCAGCUUCUAGCACUCCACCCAGCAUACAAAAGACGUGUUCGGAACUUAUAAAGGCUGGUCUGAAGUUGUCCAUAGAGUCGAAGCGCAAGAUGUCAGGCAGCGACACUGACGCGAGCUUCAAACGAUUGAAGAAAGAGGAGAGCGACGACGAAUAUGACAGCAGUCACACACAGCAUAAUAAAUCUGAUGGGCUAACACCCGAGGACGAGGAGCGUAGAAGGCGUAGAAGAGAGAGAAAUAAAAUUGCAGCAACAAAAUGUCGGAUGAAGAAACGCGAGCGAACAACUAACUUGGUCACAGAAAGUGAGGUCUUGGAGAAUCAGAAUGUUGAUCUUAAAGCACAACUUAAGGAUUUGGAACUUCAAAAGCGUCGAUUGAUGGACAUGUUAAACAUGCACGCGCCAUCUUGUGUCAAAUCGAAUAACGCCAGGACAUCUCCAGCCACAUCAUACAACAUCAACCUACGGUCGUUCGAAUCGCCGAAUACAUUCCCAGGAACAUAUGAAUAUAGGCAGGCGGACAAUUCACCUUCGCCCUACAUCAGGCCAGAGUCAGCAAACAUACUAGCGUCAAGUUAUACCUGCAUUACUCCAUUAAACGGUGAUUCUUCUAUAGAUUCAACCAUAUCGUCCCUCGACACCAUCUACGUACCACCUCAACUCGCAGAUCCAGACUAUAAUCGGCCCGACAGUGUUCUCAGUCUACCGCCUGCAGGGGAACACACGUACGUCACUACCGACGGUUAUCUACCCAAGUCUACGACCCUUCUCGUCCCCGUCGACUCUGAGACGGAAUAUUAUGACCCAGAUGUGAAUUAUAACCUGGUAGGUUCACAGCAGUGUCAUACGUACCCAGGUACAGUCACUGAUGGACAAAGCAAACUCAAUAAUGGCCUUAAUGACGGAUGCCUUGUUUAG